CUGUGGAGCUGCAGAGGCACAGAGAAGUAUGGAUCUGGCUGUAGCUGAAGGAAAAACUGAGGUUUGGGAGGAGUUUAGUAAAGUAGUGGAACAAGAUUUCCAGUGUCUGUUGGUUUCUAGAUUUUAUUUAUUCAUUUUGCUCAUGACCUAAUUUAAAAAAUAUGUUUACUGACAUGUUUCAUCCAAAGAAACAUUUUUCUCUUAAUGAUGAGAGGUGGAAACUACAGAACUACCACCCUGUAAGAGAGGAAGGAGGAGGAGGGUCUCGCUUGAUGCUAGUGUGGACCGAUCAAAGUUAAGUAGCACCUACAGAUGGAGAAAGCUUCUUCACUAUGGCUGCUCUUUUCAACCUCACUGCUGAGCUGCACAACAAACCAAGCAGGUCUGCUUUGGACCUCAGUGCUGGCUUGUACUUAAUAUGCAUCCUCCUCACAGCUCGUCUGACUGUGAGUCCCAGCAGCUCUCAGUUCUUUAAAGGAGACUUUGUGUCUCUGAGCUGUGAGGAGGACGACAGCUCUGCUGGAUGGAGUCUGAGGAGAAACACAAGCAGAGACACCGGAGCUGAGUGUGGAGAUGAGUGGGGAAGAUCAGCUGGUUCUUCCUGUAACAUCAGCUACAUCGACCCAUUGGACAGUGGAGUUUACUGGUGUGAGUCCAGAGAGGGUCCCAUCAGUAACAUGGUUAACCUGACAGUCACUGGUGGAUCAGUGAUCCUGCAGAGUCCUGUCCUCCCUGUGAUGGAGGGAGAUGACGUCACUCUGCUCUGUAAAACAAAGACCACUCCCUCCAACCUCCCAGCUGCUUUCUAUAAAGAUGGCUCCCUCAUCAGGAAGCAGCCUACAGGUCACAUGACCAUCCAGCAUGUUUCCAGGUCUGAUGAAGGCCUCUACAAGUGUGACAUCAUCAGCGGUCAUGGAGAGUCUCCAUCCAGCUGGAUCACUGUCACAGGCAAACCUACAAACACAACCCUGGCCCAUGAACCCUCCUCCCCCCACCUUGUGUCCAGAGUUUUCCUCCAUCUGGUGGUGUUCUGUCCAUACUUCAUCUCCACUCUGCUCAUGGUAUCUUUAUAUCGAUGGAGAGUCACAGGAAGUGACCUUAUCCCUGUGGUAACAGCACCACCCACCCAAGCUAGGGAGAGACUGGCUGAAGACUGUGAUGACAUUGUUGGCGUGAUCACUGAGCAUCACUUCUGAGUUCCUGUUUAAUCUGUCAGAUUGUGGUCGUCACAUCUCUGUUAUUGAACAACGUGCGACACCACAGAUUUAAACUGGAAUAUUAUGCUUUAAUUAAUAAAUAAAUACAUGAAGAAAACAUGGACCAGUUAAAGACUGAAUGGUAGUAAUGGAAGUUUAAUGGAUUUAAAACACUCACUUUUAUGUAAUCAUACUCUAUCAUACUAUCUAUCUAUCAUACUGUCAAAAGAUUCAAACAUUGUGUAAUAAAACAUGUGACAGUGUGUGAAACACCUGCACCUCCACAUUCUGCUCACAUGUUCAUGUUAAACAGGAAACUGAUUGACUACAGUGUUGUGAGCAUCUGUUAACCACAGGCUAAAAGACCGGCGGUCCUGCAAGAACACCACCCACUGCUACCUUUCAUCUGCAAACACACACUGACUGCAGGGUGGGCAUUUAGAAACUCUGGUUCAGUUUAUGUCAUUAAGGUGGGCAGUUAAAACUGAACCUAAACCUGGUGUUGUGUGCUAUGAACUUAAAUUAAAUUGCAAUCCAAGAUUCUGUUCAGACCUUUUCUUAGUUGGUUUCUGUAUGAUUACAAUCUCAGGUUUUCUUAGUUUUAGUUUUUGUUACCUUUUCCAAUAAAGUUUCUGUUGGUAGUUUAUCUUUAA